UCGAGUUAUCAGAAUUGACUCCAGAAGAGAAAACCUUGCAGACCAGUAACAAUGGAAGAAAUUGGGAAAGUCACCAAAAAGCCGUCGUCCUCCACAACACCAGGCUCGGCUGGCGUCUCAGGUUAAAAAAAAUCCUUCAUGAAGAAGAACAAUCUUAAGCAACAUGAUGGAUUCAGAAGCUCAUGAAAAGAGGUCACCCAUUUUAACAUCUUCAAAACAAGAACUGUCACCUCACAUGACAAAUGUUGGUGAAAUGAAGCAUUACUUCUGUGGUUGUUGUGCAGCUUUCAACAAUGUAGCCGUCACGUUUCCCAUUCAGAAGCUCCUCUUUAGGCAGCAGCUGUAUGGAAUCAAAACCCGGGAUGCAGUACUUCAGUUGAGAAAGGAUGGAUUUCGAAACUUGUAUCGUGGAAUCCUUCCCCCAUUAAUGCAGAAAACAACGACACUGGCCCUUAUGUUUGGUCUGUAUGAGGAUUUAUCUUGCAUUCUCCGUAAGCAUGUUAGUGCUCCCGAGUUUGCAACUCGUAGUGUGGCUGCAGUGCUUGCAGGGACCACAGAAGCCAUUUUCACUCCAUUGGAAAGAGUUCAGACAUUACUUCAAGAUCACAAACAUCAUGACAAAUUCACAAACACAUAUCAGGCUUUCCGGGCACUGAAAUGCCAUGGGAUUGGAGAGUAUUAUCGAGGUUUGGUACCUAUUCUGUUCCGUAACGGAUGCAGCAAUGUCCUUUUUUUUGGCCUUCGGGGUCCCAUUAAGGAUCAUCUCCCUACUGCAACAACUCGCAGUGCUCAUUUAGUCAAUGACUUCAUCUGUGGAGGUCUUUUGGGUGCCGUGUUGGGAUUCUUGUUUUUCCCAGUUAAUGUUGUAAAAACUCGCAUACAGUCUCAGAUUGGUGGGGAAUUUCAGUCUUUCUCCAAGGUUUUCAAAACAAUCUGGCUAGAACGGGACAGAAAAGUGGCAAAUCUUUUCAGAGGUGCACAUCUGAAUUAUCAUCGGUCCCUCAUCUCUUGGGGAAUAAUCAAUGCAACUUACGAGUUCUUGUUAAAGGUUAUAUGAAAAAGUUAUCAGUGAAAUGCCACUUAUCAACUAAACAGACCUAAGAAGAAUGUAGUUUGGUCUUGUUACUAAUAGGCCUAAAUGAAGUUGAUACAAAGUCCAUACUACAGUAAAUUAUGGGCAAUGAUGUUGUUAAGCACCGACAAAAAAGACUUAAGAGGAUUCAGUAGGAGAAAGUAAGGGUUUUUCUUUUGUUUUUAAUCAUUACCCAAGAGAUUUAGGCUAAUUGCCUGGCAAAAAGAUAUCUGAUUGCUUUUGAAAGGGUAACCUAAUGGCCAAGAUACGGUUCAUUUUUCUCCUGAAAUAGCUUUUAAGCUUUCUCUGUUGAAACUUAAUGACCUUGAGCAGCCAAAGGAAAUGCUCUUAACACCUGUGACUUCUCAGGCUUCCUUAAUGUGCUACUCCAUUUCUUCUUUGCUCUAAGGAAUACUUGCAAAAGAUUUAUUAAACUCAAAUAUGGUAGAACAGAACAGAGGAGAAAAACAGCUUAGUUAGUAAGGCUAUUUCUUGAUGAAUUUGUUGGUAUUAGUUAAGCACUUGUUGAGAUAGUCUUUAUGUAGACUGUUUGUUUUAACUUGGUAGAAUCAACCAGCUAAUAAAAAGUUCCCAUUUUGCUA